ACCGGAAGUGCGUGCGUGUGUGUGUGGUUUUGUGGAGGCGAAAACUGCGCUAAAGCUUUCAAAACAGAAGCAGAAGAAGCAGCAAACAUGCACGCGCUAAUCCCUAAAGUGUGCACGAGGAGCAACACCCUUGGGAGACCCCUGUGGGGCGUUUGGGUUUCUGGGAAAACUGCAAACGCACAACGCGGCUGCGUGGACGAUGCACGCGAGGCGGCGGCGGAGCGGUACAGCCGAACCUUCGCGGAGGCCCGGGACCGGCCGGAACAGUACUGGGCCCAAGUGGGCCAGGAUAUUCGCUGGUUCGAACCUUGGAGCAAAACCCUGGACGCGGAGGACCCAAUGUUCCCUCACUGGUUUGCGGGUGGAAAGCUGAACAUGUGCUACAAUGCCGUGGAUCGCCACGUGGAAGACGGCCGCGGCGAGCAGGCGGCCGUCAUCUACGACAGCCCGGUGACGGGCACCAAGCGGAUCAUCACCUACCGGGAACUCCGGGAUCAGGUGUCGCGGCUAGCCGGCGUCCUGGUGAAGAACGGGGUGCGCAAAGGCGACCUGGUGGUCAUCUACAUGCCCAUGGUGCCCCAGGCCAUGUUCGCCAUGUUGGCGUGCGCCCGCGUCGGCGCACCGCACAGCCUCAUCUUUGGCGGCUUCGCCUCCAAAGAGCUUUCGGUGCGCAUCGACCACGCCAAGCCCAAAAUGAUCAUGACCGCCUCAUUCGGGAUCGAGCCGGGCCGCCGAGUGGCCUACGUGCCCCUGCUGGAGAAGGCCUUGGAGCUCAGCUCUCACAGGCCCUCCAAAGUUCUCGUCUACUGCAGAGACAACAUGGAGAAAGUGUCCAUGAGCGGGAACUCGUCUCUGGACUGGGACGAGGAGAUGGCGGGCGCCCGACCCCACGACUGCGUCCCCGUCUCCUCCAAGCACCCGCUCUACAUCCUCUACACGUCGGGCACCACCGGAACCCCCAAGGGCGUGGUGAGGGACACCGGGGGGUGCGCUGUGAUGCUGAAGUGGACCAUGUCCAACGUAUACGGACUGCGCCCCGGAGAAGUCUGGUGGGCGGCGUCGGACCUGGGCUGGGUGGUGGGCCACUCGUACAUCUGCUACGCCCCCCUCCUCCACGGAAACGUCAGCAUCCUCUACGAGGGCAAGCCCGUGGGUACCCCGGGCCCGGGCGCCUACUUCCGCGUCCUCUCCGAGCACGGCGCCGCCAGCAUGUUCGCCGCGCCCACCGCCGUCCGGGCCAUCCGCCAGCAGGACCCCCACGCCCGAAGCGGAGCGGCGUACCCCCUCCCCAGGCUACGCUCCGUCUUCCUGGCCGGAGAGCGCUGCGACGCGGAGACGCUGGAGUGGGCCAAGAGGAGCUUCGGGGCUCCCGUUCUGGAUCACUGGUGGCAGACGGAGACGGGCUCGCCCAUCACGUCCACGUGCGUCGGCCUGGGCAACUCACUGACGCCCCCCGCAGGCCAGGCCGGCAAACCCGUGCCGGGCUACGACGGUGCGACUUCCCCUCGGAUUCCAACCGCCCGCCUCCCCCUAAAACCGAACGUCGUCUUUGUCUUUACAGUGACGGUGAUCGACGACCGCAUGCGCCGGGUCGAGCCGGGAACUCUGGGAAAUAUCGUGGUGAGAUUACCUCUGCCGCCCGGCGCCGCGUCAUCUCUGUGGCAGAACCCGGCUCUUUUCAAGGAGAUGUACUUCACUAAAUUCCCGGGCUACUACGACACCAUGGACGCCGGCUUCGUGGACCAGGAGAACUUCCUGUACAUCAUGUCGCGCUCCGAUGAUGUCAUCAACGUGGCUGGACACAGGCUGUCGGCAGGAGCCUUGGAGGAGUCGGUUCUGCAGCACCCGGCGGUGGCCGACUGCGCCGUGGUGGGCUUGGAGGACCCUCUGAAGGGGCACGUGCCCCUCGCCUUGUGCGUGCUCAAAAACGGAGUGCGACGGUGCCAUGACGAGGUGGCGCGCGAGACGGUGAAGCUGGUACGGGACACGGUGGGACCCGUGGCCGCCUUCCGGAAGGUUCUUUUCGUCCGCGGGCUUCCCAAGACGCGUUCCGGAAAAAUUCCACGCUCCUCCUUGGGAAAUCUGGUCAACGGGAAGCCAUACAAGAUCACGCCCACCAUCGAGGACCCCGAAGUGUUCAAGGAGAUCGAGAAAGCUCUGAAGUCAGCCAACAAUUCACUUUAGAGGGAGGUGCGAUCAUCUGCUCGUCCAGAUUUCAAAUUGCAGAAUUUAAGACGCAUCCUAAAAGGAUUUCACAAUCGUAAGAAGAAAUAAAAUGCAAAAAAACGUAAUGGAAGAAAUGGCGCAAGUUCAUAUACAAUUGUAAAAAAAACGAUUCAAAAUAAAACAGAAAAAAAAGUUCUCAUACAAUUAAAAAAGAAGCAAUUCAAAAUAAAAUACAGAAAAACAAGCAAGCUCAAAUAAUAUGAAGAAUUGAGAAAAUUAUGAACCAAGGUCAAAUAAGCUUCAAAUAAAAAUAUAAACGAAGCAAGUUCAAGUUAAAAAAGAAUACAAAAAUAAAACUCAUGCAAAUUCAAAGAAUGUAGUUCAAACAAAAUUAUAUAAGUUACGAUAAGAUAAAAGUAAAAAUUAAGCAAAUUCAAAUAAAAAUAAAACCAAAACAAGUUCAAAUAAAAUGAAACUCAAAGUUCAAAUAAAAAUAAAUAAAUAAGCAAGUUUAAAUAAGAUCAAACAAAAUUAAAACUAAAAGGUAGCAAGUUCAAAUAAAACAAAUGUAAAAAAGUAAGAGUAAAUCAAGCAAGUUCAAAUGAAAUAAAGAAAUAAAAAAAAAUGUCGAACAACUAAAACAAAAAUUAAGCAAGUUCAAAUAAAAACAAAUUGCAAGUUCAAGAAAAAAAAAAAAAAAAGUUGUUUACAUUUUUAAUAUUACUUUUCAAAUAGUGUUUUGUAAAUGAAACUCCAUCCAUUCACAGUAGUUUUUCUUUUUAAUUUCUUUUUUUUCUCACCACUUACUUAAGGUUUUCCACUGACGUACGUACAAGAAUUCAUAAAUAAAUAAAAAUGUAUUUUACACAAAAUGCAACCAUGAUGAUGUCCUUGUUCGUGCAAAUUGAAAGACUUAAAAAAAACAAAAAAAACAUUUUGGUCCAUCAGAAAUUAUGGUUCGGUCCAAAGACGGCAAAUGGCAAGUCACAGCAAGCGUUUGUUGUUUUUGUUCUAAACACGCACGCAUAUGGACACACACACACACACACACACACACACACACACUCACGGCCACUACGCACACGCGAUGAGCUGAAACCAUUCUCCCGUGAAGUCACUUGGGGUUGUUCUUCGCUCGUGUGCUUGUUAGUCCUCCGGCCUCCAGAGGGCGGUGGCGUCCUCUUAGGAAGGAAGUUGUCCCCCCAAAAUUAAAAAUAAAUUCAAAUAGAAAGUUUGCGAGAAUCCGAGAGCAGCAUAUAUUAUUCAUCUAUGGUCCACUAAAUGCUUGCUCAAUGAUAAUUUUUUU